GCCCAAGGUGACUGAUCAAUGGGUUGAUGGUAAAUAUCCAUGUAAAGAAUGUGGCAUGGUUCUAGAGAGCAGAAUGGACCUUGUGAAGCAUUACCAGGCGGCACAUAGACAUUUGCGUCCAUUCAAUUGCCAUGUAUGUGGCAUGUGCUUCAAUGCGCCAGCCAAACUGAAAUGUCACAUGCGCUCACACUCUGGAGAGCGUCCUUUCACCUGCAACAUCUGUAAUAAAGCUUUUACUCAGAAAGGCUCUCUGAACACCCAUAUGAUAUGGCACAGUGGCGUUAAAGCUUAUAAAUGUGAGGAAUGUGGCCGAAAGUUUGCCAGAUGCGGCGACUUGAAUUCACACAAAAAAACUCACACCGAGGAGAAACGGCACAGCUGCACCGAAUGUGGUAAAAAAUUCAGAAGAGGAGAGCACUUGCGCCAACAUUUACUAAUCCAUACUGGAGAGUUACCAUAUUCCUGUACACACUGUGAUAAAAAGUUUCGUAUUCCUAGUAACCUUGCUAUUCAUCAGCGCAUACACACAGGAGAAAAACCUUACAAAUGUCUGAAAUGUGGAGUACGCUUUAGACAGUGGAGCGCCUUGAAAGGACAUCUUGAAAGUGUGCACUCAGGUGAACGGCCUUACUCUUGUGAACGCUGCAGUAGCAGCUUUUCAUGUUUUAAGUAUCUUCGUAAUCACAUGCAAACUCACACCAAUAGCAGACUGUUUGUCUGUGAGCAGUGUGGUCAUUUUUCCAAAAAUCAGAGUAAUUUGGAUGUCCACCGAGCUGUGCACUCAGACGACAGGCCGUUUAAGUGCUCACUGUGUGACAAGAGCUUUAAACAGCCCCAAGGGCUGAAAACACACAAGCUCGUUCACACUGCAGAGCGUCCACAUCGGUGCGUGAUCUGCAACAAAACAUACCGCAGCACAGCAGGACUGCGUGGACAUAUGUUUAGUCACACAGGUGCACGUCCAUAUACUUGCAAGGAGUGUGAAAAGAGCUUUAGAGAUCCUGGUGCCCUAAAAAGACAUGCCACAACACACACAGGAGAAAGACCUCAUAAAUGUAAGCUUUGCCCCAAGGCAUAUUCCCAGCUUUCAGGCUACAAAGCUCAUAUGCGAGUACACACUGGCGAAAAGCCCUAUAAAUGCACAUAUUGCUCCAAGACUUUCCGCUAUCAGAACAGUAUGAAAGCCCAUGUUUUAUUCCACACAGGUCAGGCUCCUUUCCCCUGCCCAGAAUGUGGAAAACUAUUUAAGCAAACUAAGAGCUUAAAAAACCACAUGAAAACAUUUUGCCACGGUGACAAAAUGCAAUCUGAUACCAAAAAGUGAAGAGACAAAACUGACACGUAUAUAAAGCAUAAGAUUGGGUUUUGCUGUAUCAAGUCUCUAACAUCUUUUACCACAUUAAGUGCUGAUGUCACUAAUUAAACAACCAAAGAUAGAAAUUGAAGCGUUUGGGUGUUAAUUAAUAUGCACAUAGGCUAUAUGUUGUACAUGUCCUAUAUCUAAAGAAUGGGUGUCAUAGAGUUUCUUAGUACAUGUAAAACAUAUUUUGUUAAUCAAAGAUUAAUGUUGACACCAGGCACCAAACAUUAAUGUACUUAAAGCUAAAAACUAAAU